AUGUAUAACUCACAUCGCUUUGCUAGACGGCAUGGAUUUCAUCAAAGAUUAUCGGCCAGUGAAUCUGAGAAUUUCAAAUUCAAAACUCAAGCUGACGGGUCAGGGAAGGGGAAAUCCCUUCCUACAGUAGCUAAAGCUCCUUCACGUCUUCGAAAAUGGGACACUUCAAAGGAUUGUUUGAAUUCCCAAGAACAACCGGCUCCGAAUAUGUUAAAGGUCACGACACCUGUUUCAAGAUCAGCUAAUGUUCGAUCUGUUCAUCCUUUAAACAUCCCGGAGUCUACUGAAGUAAUUCAAGAGAGGUGUCAAACAAGAGCUACAGAAGUUGAGCAUAAUUUGGCUUGUACCCGGUCAGAAGAUGGUGCAAAUCAUACUACGAUAAAGUCUCCCACAGGUAGGGUUGACCCAUCUUGUGAUGCUCUGAAUGACUUAUCAACUUUUUUAGAAUUAUCCUCGCGAUCCCGCAAUAAAGCUUUUCCUCCACUCCCAGAUCUUGCCACAUUAAAUUCCAUCCCAGGUAUUUGUGGAGACCAAAAUCUUGACAAUGAUAUCAUUGGAGCUUUAUUUGAUGACAACGAUCGGACCAUGUCCAUUCUUUCCGAUAGUGAUGAGAUUCUUCCUUUGGUUGAUGGAGAACAUACCAAUCCAUGUUAA